AUGUUUCUGCGCUCACGGUUGGGCGGCCUUCAACAUGCCAGGUAUGCCAGGUAUGCCUGGGUUCGCCAUAAUCACUCGGUGCCUGACCAAUUCGCCGAGCUCGUCCGUCGUCCGUCGUCUUUACACCAGAUCUACCAAUCACUAUCGACUGACCCUUACGUGAAUCUCUCCAUUGAACACUUCCUCCUCCAGAAUGCCCCGGCAGAAUCAAGUAUCCUAUUCCUCUACGCCAAUCGACCCUGUGUAGUCAUCGGACGCAAUCAAAACCCAUGGUUAGAGACAGAUCUCCGCGCCCUUCACAAUGACCGCUGGAACGGCACGACUGGAGACGAAGAAGCUGCAGUCUUCGUACGGAGACGCUCGGGCGGUGGGGCCGUGUUCCAUGACGCCGGAAAUCUAAACUACAGCGUCAUAUCUCCGCGGACAUCCUUCACUCGCGAUAAACAUGCGGAGAUGAUGGUUCGCGCACUCCAUCGCGUCGGCGCCAUCAAUACCCGUGUCAACGAGCGACACGACAUUGUCAUGGCCCGGCCGGAGGCCAUGGAGAAUGACCCCAAUGAGCCCUUGGCCCGUAAGGUCUCUGGAUCAGCCUUCAAGCUGACUCGACACCGGGCUCUCCAUCAUGGUACUUGCCUGCUUGACUCCCCGAACAUUCAUGACCUCGGCCGGUAUCUCCGCUCGUCUGCGCGCGAUUAUAUACAGGCCAAGGGUGUCGAAAGUGUCCGGUCCCCUGUGGGAAAUGUUUCGGCUGGGUUUGCCGAUUCGUUCUUUUCCAUGCAAGGAGUUAUUCAGAGUGUGAUUGAGGAGUUUGCUCGCUUGUACGAGGUUCACCCUGACGCUGUACGACGCGCGCAGCGUGCUCAUGCCAAUGACCCGGAGAUUUUUGCUGGGGAUGGCUGGGUUGCGGGUACCGUCGGCGAAUUGCAGGGUGAACAGGAACCUGAUAUUGGGAAGGGAAUUGCUGAAUUGCGGUCGUUGGAUUGGAAGUAUAUCCAAACGCCACAGUUUACGUUCUCGACAUACCCCAUCGAGGAGGACCCUCGUGAACGGCCUUCAUUGCCACCCUCACUGCCUUCAGCUACCCGCGCAUUUCUUCGUGUGAAACACGGUGCAGUCAUCGAAAGCCACAUUUCCACCUCAGCUGACGAGCUCACCGCAUCUGACCAAGCCAGUCGCAUCCACAAGUUACUGGAUGGGCAAAACUUGCACGAAAUCACUCUGACGCGGUGGUCUGAGAUCCUUCAAGAGGGUCUUGGUGAGACAGGGCAAGAUGAGGCCCUGGUGACAGAGCUAUCCCGCUUCCUGGGUGGACUAUUAGGUGGUUAA